GGUUUGCUUUCGUCAUCAAUUUCUGUACGCAACUUUGACGACUCGAGCGGCCGAUUUGUGUACAUUUGUUUAUGACGUCACAAUGGAGACAUUUCACACUAUUUACAUUAUAUAACCUUACUCCACAGGUUAUAUUAGAAAAAGAUAAAGAUAUCGCUUUAAAAAUUCAUGUAUGAAUUAUAAGGAGGAAGUGCAGGAACAAAACAUAUUUACGUUGAUAAUCUGUAAAAACUAGAGCUAGCGACACUGUGUUUCAGUAUAAGUGAAUACAUCAAAACUCAUUAAUGUCAAUAGUGUAGUCACAAACUUGGGUAUGUAAAAUAAUUCGACGAUUAAAUCUUUAACAAAGAAACAUUGCUACACUUUAAAAUGAGCAUGAACUAUAGUUCAGUAUAUUAUGUAUGGCUAUUCGGACCCAGAAAUAGAGAGGAAAGUAGUCAAGUAAUUUUAUAAAUUUGCCAAUAAAAAGUCCAUAAGAUACGUACAUGUAGAAAGUGAAUUUUCAAUAUCACCCAUUUUUGAGACUGUUUACUAAUCAGAACAUGGAAAUAUUUAGAUGGGGAACCGGGUACUCUCACACAUAUUUUUUUACAAAUCUAAAAUUUCUUCCGUUCCCUGUUAAUAAUAAACAUGAAAUAUUUAUUUUAUUCUACAGUAUAUAUUAUACAGGACAUGUAAUGUACAAACAAUAUUAUGCACGUUCCAAUAUUAAAUACGAGGGAUGUGGUAAGGCAUUGAACUCUGUUUACUGAUAUUAAUCAAACAGAUUAGUUUAUACAUUUUUUAAACAGUCUUUUUAACAAUACAUAUAAAGAAAUUGAUAGAAGGUGUUGUGCCCCCUUUAAAUUCAUCUUCACAAUUUAGAUAUACGUAACAAUAGAAAAUUAAACAAUAUUAUGACAAGUUGUAAAUCCUUAUAAUUGUUUUUUUUUCUGUAGUUAGAUAUUUGCGUCUGACUUAUUAUUAUAGAAAUUUUCAUUUUUGCGGGAAAUGGCUUUACUUUUUAUGUCAUAUAUGUAUAUAAAAUUACGUCAUAAUAACAUUACCUGUCAUGGAUUCAAUAUUUGAAUUCUGAAAAUGCGACACAAAGGAAGGAUCAUUUCUGCAAAAACUAGUAAGAAGUUAUCCAAUUUAAAACGUUUCACCAAAAAAGAAGAAGAGGAAAGUGUUGAAGAAAAUCAGAAAACAGAAGAGUUCGACAGUCAGGCCAAUGUAUGGAACGGGGAGAGGAGAGUGAUAGAACUAGACAUUUUGAUUGAGGGUUUGCGAUCCUGUGUCCAUUGCUCCAAUCCUUUAAGACUAGAAUGGUGUGUCAGUGAGAGGAAAUAUGGUCUAGCCUCCAUUUUUUACAUAAAGUGUUCGGAGUGCAAUGGCAUCAGCCCAGUAUAUACGGGGAAAAAGCACAACACAGCAAACAAGUCUGGUCCCGCUAAAUGUUUUGACGUAAACACAAAACUCGCAGCAGCAAUGAUUAAUGUUGGCAUAGGGGAGCAACAAAUGAACAACAUUUUAGCAGAAUUAAAUAUUCCAUCAAUUCACCACAAAACUCUAAAAGAAAGAGAGAGAGAAGUUGGACGUGCAUUCGAAGAAGUUGCAGAUAAAUCAUGCAAUAAUGCAUUGCGGGAUGAAAUAAUAUGUACUAACAGCGGUGACGGAACCCAGGUUCCACAGGUUUCCUGUGAUGGGGCAUGGCAAAAGCGAGGGACGGGUCAGAAUUAUGACAGCCUUUCAGGACACGUAACCGUUGUCGGCAAAUACACCAGAAAAUGUCUCGGAUUCGGUUUAGCAUGCAGAUCAUGUCGGAAGUGUACAUACGCCAGAUGGAAUAAAACGCAAGUUAAAAAUCAUAACUGCAAGAGAAAUUGGACAGGAUCCGCGAAGGGAAUGGAACCAUUUUUAACGGUGAAAUGUCUCAAGUCAUUGAAAGAAAAAGGCUUUAAUGUCAAAAAGCUAACCAUGGAUGAUGACACAACCACAUUCAUCAGAGCUAAAAAAGCAAUCUCCCCGGAGUUAACGAAAUCUAGCGAUAAAAAUCAUGUCGUCAAGAAUCUUACUAGCAAUUUAUACAAACUUCGACAGGAAAACAAAAACUUGAGUGUGAAGAUUAUUAACUAUUUCAAGAAAUGUUUUUCAUACGCAGUCCAGCAAAAUCGAGGUAGCCUAGCAUCCCUGCAGAAAAAUUUAGAGGCUAUUGUUCCCCAUGCAUUUGGAGAGCAUGUCAAGUGUGAUGUACACUGGUGCGGAUUUUUGAAAGCCCCAAAUUUGUACAAGCACAAGUCGCUACCGCACGGCAAAGACCUACACGACGAGGGUCUGCGGAAGUCACUGUCUUGUGUAUUCGCUAAAUAUGCCGCUAAUGCCGACAAACUUGCUGAUUUGGAGUCUUCAAAUUCAAAUGAGAAUCUCAACCAAAUGAUUGCAAAGAAGGCGCCAAAAUCACAACACUAUUCUGGGUCAGAGAGUUUAGCCUAUCGCCUAUCUGCAUCUGUAGCACAGAAAAAUGAGGGACACAAAUAUAUGUUAGAGGUCAACAAAACGUGCAAUCUUUCACCUGGAAAACACACAGCAGAAAGGCUUCAAAAGUUGGACGUGAAGAGAAACAUAAAGAGAGCCAAACAGGGCACUGUCCAGGCGAAGCGGGAUAGGCUAAGGGCAAAGGAAAAUCGGCAUUCUGCACAAGCACUAGAGGAACUUAAGGAAGGAACAACGUACGAGUCGGGUGUUUUAAUAAAUAAAGAAGAGGCUCAGCUUGAAGAAGAGAUACAAGAAAUCCCUUUACCAGCAACCGACAAAAAACGGACUGUGGUCUCCCCUGCUCCGUCUUCUUCUAGUUCAAUUAUUGUUCUUGAUCUAGAAACUACAGGAUUUGCUACAGAAAGCAGUAUUAUACAAAUUGCGGCAAGAGAUUUAAAAACAUCUGAUCAUUAUGUGAGAUUUAUCAUGCCAGAAAAUGGUUUUGUCCCGUCUGCCGUAUCAAAGCUGACUGGCAUCGAAGUGCAUGGACUGACCAUGUAUUAUAACCUUGUUCCGGUAGAAUUUACAUCAUGCAAACGUGCAGUUGAUGAAUUCCUGGCAUGGCUGAAAAAAUACAAAUCGCCGCUGCUUGUUGCGCACAAUGCAAAGUUCGAUGCGCGCAUCCUAGUGUCCACCAUGUGCAGACUUAAGAUGGAUGACCACCUUAAGGACAUCGCUGGAUUUAGUGAUUCAAUGCAUCUUUUCAAAAAAGAAUAUCCAGGAAGAGGCUCUUACAAACUGGAAAGUCUAUCAACCGACCUAAUGGAGCAGCAGUUUGAAAACAUGCAUAAUGCCGAAGUCGACGUCAACAUAUUGACAGCUCUAUUGAAAAGAGUGUCAAACGUACAUGAAAAACUGAUAGACAUAUCAUUUUCAACUGAAAGUGUUCUCGUUAACAAUCAAAAACUGAUCAACAAAAAAAUGUAUUUGUCAAGUUUCAGUGGUUUAAUAAAUGAACAGGUACUCUCUAAAACACAGUGCAGCAAUCUAGCCGCGCAGGGAAUUGGCGAAUUCCACAUAUCUUUAGUUAGAAAACGGGCAGGAACGGAAGGGAUAAAAAAUAUGCUGAGGGGGAAAAUCACAAAACUUGACUCUGUUUGUGAAAAACUUUUCAAGUUCUACAGUUCAAAUAAUGCACAAUGAAUCAUGGUUAAUGCAUGCAUGUGAUCUUACAAAAACAACGUGUUAUACAUGAUUGUAUAAUUAGGGUCAAGUAAGCCUUCUCUUUUCUUGUCUUGUCAGACAAAAUGAUCUCUUUUGUGCUUUCAAAUUAUCCAAACACUCAUUAUUACCAUUUUUUUUAAAAAUAUUAUGUAUUUUUAAUUAGUUUAAUGAUUAUAAGCUUUUUUAUCUUAUGAAAAAAAAUCACUU